AUGCUCGCCCUGGAGGCUGCACAGCUCGACGGGCCCCACUUCAGCUGUCUGUACCCAGACGGCGUCUUCUAUGACCUGGACACCUGCAAGCACUCCAGCUACCCCGACUCAGACGGGGCUCCUGAUCCCCUGUGGGACUGGACCGGGUCCCCACCUGUCCCAGCUGCCCCCUAUGAAGCCUUCGACUCGGCGGCGGCAGCCUUCGGCCACCCGCAGGCCAUCCAGCUGUGCUACGGACCCUCGGCCUACAGCUCUACAGGGAGCCUCGGCACGGCCCCCAGCCUGGAGGCCGCAGGGCCCGGCCUCCCAGCGUACCCCACAGAGGACUUCGCCAGCCAGACUCUGGGUCCCCCGGCGUACGCCCCGUACCCCAGCCCUGUGCUGUCGGAGGAGGAAGAUCUGCUGCUGGACAGCCCGGCCCUGGAGGUUUCGGACAGCGAGUCGGACGAGGCCCUCAUGACUGGCCCCGAGGGGAGGGGAUCUGAGGCAGGGGCCCGCAAGAAGCUGCGCCUGUACCAGUUCCUGCUGGGGCUGCUGACCCGCGGCGACAUGCGCGAGUGCGUGUGGUGGGUGGAGCCGGGCGCCGGCGUCUUCCAGUUCUCCUCCAAGCACAAGGAGCUGCUGGCGCGCCGCUGGGGCCAGCAGAAGGGCAACCGCAAGCGCAUGACCUACCAGAAGCUGGCGCGCGCGCUGCGCAACUACGCCAAGACGGGCGAGAUCCGCAAGGUGAAGCGCAAGCUCACCUACCAGUUCGACAGCGCGCUGCUGCCCGGCGCCCGCCGCGCCUGA